UCCCUUUGGGGUGGGGUCCUGUGUCACCUUGUUUCUCACACCAUGAUCCUCCCCUUUCAGGCAGCGACGGAGCCGGAUGCCGACAGACGGGGGUACGCAGUGUGGGUGUCUGAGAUCAUGCUCCAGCAGACACAGGUGGCUACAGUGAUCGACUACUACAACCGCUGGAUGCAGAAAUGGCCAACACUGCAGGCUCUGGCACAGGCAUCCCUGGAGGAGGUGAACGAGUUGUGGGCUGGGCUUGGCUACUACUCGAGAGGGAAGCGUCUGCAGGAGGCAGCAAGGAAGGUGGUGUCCGAGCUGGGUGGCCACAUGCCCAGGACGGCUGAGGCCCUGCAGAAGCUGCUGCCGGGAGUGGGCCGAUACACGGCGGGAGCCAUUGCAUCCAUCUCGUAUGGCCAGGCUACUGGCGUUGUGGAUGGGAAUGUGAUCCGUGUGCUGUGCCGCCUGCGAUGCAUCGGUGCCGACUCCAGCAGCCCGGCCGUCAUCGACCGGCUCUGGGAGAGAGGCAUGGGGUACAGGAGCUGUUGGGAAGGUCUCCUGGCUGGACUCUGGGAGUUCCCAAGUCUCCCACUGGCUCAAGAUCUGCAGGAGGAGAAGGAGAGGGAGGUGCUGGCUGAUCACCUCCAGGCCUGGAUGGGGCAGCCCGUGGCAGCCAAAGGCCUGCGGUUCAUUGGAGAGGUCAUCCACAUCUUCUCCCACAUCCACCAGACAUAUGUGGUCUAUUCCCUGCCCCUGGAAGGGGAUGUGACCCUGGACCCUGCCUCCCCAUCCCGCUGGGUGACAGAGGAGGAGUUCUAUGCCUCAGCUGUGUCCACAGCCAUGAAGAAGGUGCUGAAAGCGCAUGAGAAGCAGCACAGGAAGGAGACCAGCCCUGGUAAGGGCUCCAAGCGGAAGAGGGGGGCAAAACCACAGGGAGCAGGCAGCACCUGCCCUGGGACACAGCUCUCCCUCCAUGCCUUCCUCCGGGCACCGACUGCCCCAUGACAGCACCUGCCACGUGUGAGACCCCCAGAGACCCACCCUGUGGGGAGUCCUGCCCGUGGCAGGGGAUAGUUUGUCCCUGUGCUGCUGCAAGCCCAGUACAUGGCACUGUACUGGUCUCCCACUUGUCCUUUCCACUGGCUCCCCUGUGGGAAUUGUGCCUGGAUGUGGCCACUGCAGUACUGAACGUGUCCUGGGGCCAGGCCUGCCCUCCUGGGGUUAUUCAGCCCCUGGCACCAUGGACUCACAGCAGCAGGGGUUCCUCUUUGGCAGCAGGAAGGCUGUGGCCACGCUGCUCCCACAGCCCUGUCCCCUGCCUGCACCUCAUCCACCAGCCAGUGACUGGGGAUGCUGCCAUACCCUUCCCCGCCUCCAACAGUCCUUUUUAUACACUUGUUUUUACUCAACCUGAACCACAGGCUUUCUAAUAAUAAAUCCUAAGUGUGUGGGGUUUUCUACGUGACUUUCUGUUUCUGUUGCACUGUGCUAAGCUGGGGGUGUCGGGCAGCCUGUGGUGGAAUGUGAAGACAGCCAGCAGGAUCCCUACAUUUGGGUUGGAGACAGCAGGGAUUUCUUUGUUAAAGAACCCCUUGGCUGAGCAUUAACUGCUGGUGACUCAAAUAGGGCACCCAGAACAUUCCUCUUGUGAGGGCAGGCAUCAGUCUCUGAGGGCUGUGCUGCUCCUACCCAUAGGCUGCUCCUACAUAGGCCAAACAGCUGUCCCCAGGGCUUUUUGUAGGGUUUUAUCCUUUUUUUUUCUGGCUGUUCCUCACUGUCCUGCUGAGGUUUUCCCUGACUGUGAUGCACCCUUGCAAGGGCACAAGCCUGGGGGCUGGCAGGGAC